UGCGCCCCGCAUGCGCCGUGCAAGCGCCAAGUUGAAAUCUAUUUCAGUGACGAUAGUGCUCUCACUUUGAGAUCAACACCAGAGGGCCCCAAGGUGUUCAUGAAGAAUGACGCGCAUUCUCCACGUGUUGAGGUUGCAAUCCCAAGCACCCUGAACAACAUCGUUUUCGAGCGCGUUGCACAGUUCAUUCACCUUCGCACUGAUCUUGGCUUCAAGCUGAAGUGGGACGGAAAAGAGUACAUCGCUGUUGAGGUCGGCCUUGAGCUGAAGAACAAGACCUGCGGUCUCUGUGGUCGCUAUGACGACAUCCCAGGAAAUGAUUUCGAGACCUUGGACAAGAGAGUGAUCACACACGAUGUGCAUGCAUUUGCAAGAAGCUGGAAGAUGAUUGGUUUGACAGGAGACACCUGCCAAGACAGGACCAAGUCUGCCGGUGCCUGUAGCGCCGCCUCUGGAGCAAGUAGCCAACUCUCCACUGCUGCUGACAUUGAAUGCAAGAAGCUGCUGAGACCACAGUAUGCUGCUUGUGCUCAGGUUGUUGAUGUGCAAAAAUACAUUGAUGCUUGCCGUACUGACUACUGCGAGUGCAAUGGCACAGCACGUUCUGACUGCACAUGCAACACGUUUGCUGCUUUCUUCCGUGCCUGCCAGCGCGAAGGUGUGACCAUGAGCUGGAGAGACGCACUUGGAUGCUCCGUGUCCUGUCCAAACGGCAUGACCUACAACGAGUGUGGAAGCACCUGCCCAAAGACCUGUGGUCAGUCUGAUUACAACUGCAUCAAUGACCAGUGUGUGGAUGGCUGCCAUUGUCCAGAUGGCACUGCCCUGUCUGGCCAGACCUGCGUCCGUGUCGAGGACUGCCCAUGUGAGCACCGCGGAAAGAAGUACUCUGCUGGGGAGACUGUCAAGAUCAGAGAUUGUGAGGAAUGCACUUGUAAGAAGGGUAUCUGGGAUCCACAGACCUGCAAACAAGUUCCUUGCGACGCUGUCUGUUAUGUCACUGGUGAUCCGCACUACAAGACCUUUGACGGUACACGCUACGCCUUCAUGGGCGCAUGCUCUUACUACCUGAUGUACGACACCAACUACAAGAUCAUUGCGGAGAAUGUUGAGUGUGGGCGUGAGAACGCUGCAUGCACCAAGGCUGUUACCAUCAAGAUCGGAGACACCACCAUUGAGAUGAAGAAGAACCGUGUCCUGUUUGUGAAUGGACAGGAAAUCAAGGAUCUCCCCCACAAAGCAGCAGGUGCCUACAUCUACAUGGCUUCCUCCAUCUUCAUCAAGGUUGAACUCAGCAAUGGUCUGAAGAUCAUGUGGGACGGACAAUCCCGCGUCUACGUCUUCGCACCAAAGGACAAAUUCCACGGAAAGACCAAGGGUCUCUGCGGCACUCUCACCAACAACCAGAACGAUGACUACUUGACACUAGAGGGCGCUCCAGAGACUAAUGUCAAUGGAUUUGGUAACAACUGGCGUGUGUAUGAUACUUGCACUGAAGUACCUACAGAUCGCCCCAAUCCUCACCCAUGUGAUCUGUUCUCACAGCGUAAACCAACGGCUCACGAGGAGUGUGGUGUGUUGAAGAGUGACAUCUUCAAGGCCUGUCAUGAUGUCGUUGAUGUGGAACCAUUCUACAAGGACUGUUUGUACGACGUGUGCGACUGCGCCUCCAAUCUGCGCGACUGCGUGUGCCCCACCAUGGGCUCAUACGCUGAUGAGUGCACAGCCAAGGGAGUACAGGUCCACUGGAGAAACCAGGUCCAACUGUGUGCACUCCAGUGCCCAGGUGGUCAGGUCUACCAGGCAUGCAGCAGUUCGUGCAAACGCUCUUGCCGUGACAUCGCCAUGAACCCCACAUGCCAGGACACAUGCGUUGAGGGUUGCAACUGCCCUAACGGCAUGACCUUGAACUCCAAUGGAGAGUGCGUGAAGGAGGAGCAGUGUCCUUGCAUCUUUGAUGGCAGGGAGUAUGCUAGUGGCUACACCACCAUGAAGGAGAACGAGAUCUGUGAAUGUAAGGGAGCCAAGUGGGAGUGCUACCCAGUACCCCCCAAGAAGCCCACACCUCAGGGCAAGACACCCCAGGAUGAUGUGGCCAAGAUCCCCACCAAGAAACCACUCCGACCUCUCUGUCCCACCAACAUGGUGUACACCAGCUGUGUGUCCAGCUGCCCAAAGACUUGCUCCAACAUGCACAGCCCACCAGGCUGCACAACGGUGAACUGUAACCCAGGAUGCAUGUGCGAGCCAGGUUACGUGCUCGAUGGAAAGACGUGCGUGAAAGAGACAGAAUGCCCAUGCCACCAUGGUGGAAAGAGCUACUAUGAGGGAGAUACUAUCAAACUUGAGUGCAAUGAAUGCGUCUGCCGUUCAAGACACUGGGCCUGUGACACCAAGCAGUGCCCUGGUCUGUGUUCCGCCUUUGGUGACAGCCAUUACAAGACAUUUGACGGCAAGAUGUUCGAGUUCCAGGGCAACUGUGACUACACCCUGGCCAAGAGCGCCACCUCAAACCCCCACAAGUUCCAGAUCACCACUGAGAACAUCCCCUGCGGCACCAGUGGUGUCACCUGCACCAAAGCCAUUGAGUUCUCCAUUGGAGAGCCAGGCUCUGCCAACUUCUACAAGAUCAGUCUGGUGAGAGGCAAGGAUGUGGAGGUGGACCCCAACGCCCCCUUCCAGGUCAGGGAGGUCGGCAUGUUCGUCUUUGUCAUCACCGACUUUGGCGUCAUCCUGCAAUGGGACCGUGGUACCAGGGUCUACAUCAAGCUGUCUGUGGAUCACAAAGGAGCUGUCCAAGGUUUGUGCGGUAACUUCAACGGUGACCAGCUGGAUGACUUUAAGACCCCCCAGAACACUCCCGUCAUCAAACCUACCACCUUUGGUGACAGCUGGAAGGUCCACUCUUACUGCGCACCAUCCAAGGAGGUCUCCGAGCCCUGCAUCUCAUCCCCACACCGCAAACCAUGGGCACAGAGGAAAUGCUCUCUCCUCUCGUCCGAUCUGUUCAAGCCUUGCCACGCUGUCGUGCCUUAUCAGGCAUACAUGGACAGGUGUAUCUAUGAUGCAUGUGCGUGCGAUCUUGGUGGCGACUGCGAGUGUCUGUGUACGGCCAUUGCUGCCUAUGCACAGGAGUGUAACAUCCAUGGCGUGCCAAUCAGCUGGAGGAACCAGGAAUUGUGUGCCAUGCAGUGUGAAGACUGUGGCAAGUACAACCCAUGCAUGAGCAUGUGCCCCAAACGCACAUGUGAGAACAAGGACCAUUACGACAAGAUUUUGAGCACAUGCAAGGAUGAGGUGUGUGUAGAAGGUUGCGACAUUGAUCCAUGCAUGCCAGGCAAAGUCUACAUGAAUGACACCAUGCUGAAGUGCGUGCCCGAGGCAGUGUGCGAGGGACGCAAGUGCGUGAUCAAUGGCAAAGAGUACAAAGAGGGAGAACAGAUUAAGGACACAGCAGUCUGUGACAAGUGCCAGAUUUGUUACUGUGACAAGAAUGGCCAUGUCACCAUUACUGGCAAACCAUGUGCCACACAGGAACCACCCAAGGUAUCCACACCAGAGCCCUCUCCUGUCACCACUGGUUCUCCUACACCAUCACCAGGACCUGUCACAACCCAGAAACCACCCAUCUCACCAACCGGUGAACCAACACCAAAACCAAGUGUCCAGCCCACGGUCAAACCCACUGUCAAGCCAACAUUGACCCCAGGGCCAACCCCAGUGGUCAUCUACCAGCCCAUGUGCUUGAAGACUGGAUGGACUGAUUGGAUGAGCUCUUCCCAUCCAUCGUUCACCAACUUGGGUGAUAUUGAAUCCCACAAGAACCUGCGUCGUGCCUACCCGUACUGCGACUACGAGAUGAUUUCUUCCGUGGAGUGCAGGGCUGUGGGCACCAACACUGCUGCUGCCUACUCUGGACAGAAGGUCAAGUGUGAUGUGGUUAAUGGUCUUCAGUGUCUCAACGCUGACCAGACCAACCAUCUUUGCCUGGACUACGAGAUCAGGUUCUGGUGUGAAUGUGGAGAUGUAACCGUCUCUCCAACACCAAGCUCUGGAACCCCAAUUCCAGUAGGCACUGUGGAACCAACUCCUUCCCCAUCUGGCAAGACUGUGAAACCAACACCAGGAACUAGCCAGACACCGACACCAGCACCACCUGUUGGUAAGAAGACUCCAACACCAGGCACCAGUGAUAAGCCAACAGCAUCUCCAGGACCAAGCACAAAGAUACCAGUUGUUAGCCCCAGUGGUGAACCAACACCAUCUCCAACACCAGGAACAAAGAUACCAGUUGGUGGCACCAGUGAGAAACCAACACCAUCUCCAACACCAGGCACAAAGACACCAGUUGUUGUCACAAGUGGGAAACCAACACCAUCUCCAACAGCAGGCACAAAGACACCAGUUGUUGUCACAAGUGGGAAACCAACACCAUCUCCAACACCAGGGACAGAGACACCACCUGUUGGUUCUACUGUUGAACCAACCCCAUCCCCUAAACCAGGUAGCCUCGGUACUGUAAAGCCACCAAAGGGAACCCCAACUCCAUCCCCAACAUCUGGAGGUGAGACUCCAACAGUCGGACCAAACGGUGAGCCUACUCCAUCACCUAAGAUGACAACUGUGAAACCCACCCCAGGAAGUGAAGGAACACCAACACCAGCACCAACAAGUGAAACUGAAAAACCAACGGCCAAGACCACUGGUGUUCCAACACCAUCGCCACCUGCAGGUCAAAGCACCCCUAUCCCAGGAGAGGAAUUGUCACCCACCCCAUCUCCAGAGGGUGUUCCAACAAGAGCGCCAACGGUAACCACUGGGUCACCCACGCCAAGCCCUAAGCUGACACCAAUCACACAGGGAGCUCAACCAACGACCAGAACCAAAGUUAAACCAACAACAGUGGCUCCCACUCCUAGUGAACCUUCUGGAACACCAACACCUUCACCACCCUCUGACUGUGUCAACCACUGGUCUGCCUGGCAGAACAACUACGAGGGUCCAGACUGGAAAGGAAGAGAGAUGGAACUCCUCAGCGAGCUCAAGGAGGACAUGCCAGCUCUCUGUGGCAAGGCAAUGUAUGUCACUGCCAUUGAGUGCCGUGACGCAGCCACCAUGAAGAAGUACCCCUUCACCGGGCAAGACAUAAGGUGUGAUGUCAACGUUGGUCUGCUCUGUAACAGCGAGAUGCAGGCUAACGGUGAGGAGUGUGCAGAUUAUGAAGUGCGUGUUUUCUGUGGUUGCGACAAGAAUCAGCUUCCACCAGUUACCCCAACUGUCAUUGUUGCCACGCCAACUCCAGAACCAAGCCUCAAGACUGUAACACCAACACCAGGCAUUGGAGAAACACCAACCCCAGAACCAACUGUAGGUAAGGAGACUCCAACACCAAGCAUCGGUGGUGAGCCAACACCAUCUCCAACACCAGGCACAAAGACACCAGUUAGUGGCACCACUGGCGUGCCAACUCCCUCACCAACAGCCGAGAAAGGAACACCAACAGUCGCCAAAGGCACACCAACUCCAAAACCACCAGUUGGAAAGGAGACCCCAACCGCCAUCUCUGGUAAACCAACUCCAUCCCCAACACCAGGUCAGAGUGUGCCAACAGUGAAACCAGAAGGUGAACCAACUCCUUCCCCAUCUUUCACAACUGUGAAGCCAACCUCAGGAAUUGGUGGAACACCAACGGCAAAACCAACCCCAGGGGAAGGCUCCCCAACCCCAGUGUCUGGCCGCAUACCCACCAAGGGUGUACCCACCACAAUUGAGACCCCCACCAAGGGAAGCCCAAGUCCACCACCCCAAUUGCUUCGCCAGGACUGUGCCAAGACAGGCUGGACCAACUGGAUGAGUGUCUCCAACCCACAGGAUGAUGAAGAUGGCGACGUGGAAGCCAUGCCUGCUCUUCACAAGAAGUACGUCUUCUGUGGCCCCGAGAUGCUGAAGGCUAUUCAGUGUCGCGUGAAGGGAACUGGAGUCAGCUAUGAAAACAGUGGCGAUAUGAAUGUGAAUUGUGAUACCAAGUUGGGCUUGUCUUGCCUGAACAGUGACCAGCCUGUUGGCAGUCUCUGCAAGGACUAUGAAGUGAGAGUCUACUGCGAGUGUGAACAGUACAUCUGUGAGAAGACUCUUACUAAGGAAAUUGGCAAGGUUGAAGAUCGCCAGAUCAGUGCCUCCAGCAUCUAUGCCAACAAUCCUCGCCACGGCCCACAGCGUGCUCGUCUUGACACCAAAGCUGGGCUCACGGGAUUCGGUGGAUGGACUGCCGCAGUGAAUGAUGACAAGCAAUGGAUUCAGGUGGACUUUGAGACCCCUAUCCAGGUGUCCAGUAUUGUGACCCAGGGUCGCUCUGACAUGAAGCAGUGGGUGACAGAGUACAGAGUGAUGGUCAGUGACCAGCAGUGCCAGAACUUUGAGUUCAUGAAGGGACCAGAUGGCAAGCCAAUUGUAUUUGAGGCUAACAAUGACCAGAGCACACCAGUUGAGAACACAUUCAACAAGAAGCUGCUGGCCCGCUGCCUGCGCAUCAACCCCGUGUCUUACCACGGCGCUGUCAGUAUGAGACUGGAUGUCAUUGGAUGCAGAACAGAAGUGAUGACACCACCACCAACAGUCACCAUCCCUCCACCUGGUCUCAGAACAACCACCGUGGCUCCACCUGUCAGCAAGGAAACACCAACACCAUCUAUUGAGGGAACACCAACACCAGAGCCCUCUGUUGUUACCGAGACUCCAACACCAGGCACCAGUGCUAAGCCAACACCUGCUCCAACUGCAGGAACAAAGACACCAGUUGUUGUCCCCAGUGGUGAGCCAACACCAUCUCCAACACCAGAACCAAAGAUACCAGUUGUUGGCACCAGUGAGAAACCAACACCAUCUCCAACAGCAGGCACAAAGACACCAGUUGUUGUCCCCAGUGGUGAGCCAACACCAUCUCCAACACCAGGAACAAAGACACCAGUUGUUGGCACCAGUGAGAAACCAACACCAUCUCCAACAGCAGGCACAAAGACACCAGUUGUUGGCCCCAGUGGUGAGCCAACACCAUCUCCAACACCAGGCAAGAAGACCCAAUCUGUUGGUCCCAGUGUAGAACCAACACCAUCACCAAAGCCAGACCUUCUGAAGACUGUCAAACCACCAACACCAACUCCAGGCCAAGAGGGAACUCCAACACCAUCUCCCGCCGUCACUACCAUUGUACCAACACCAUCUGUGACCUACCCACCAAUGAAGUGCACCCAUCAUGGCUGGACUCGCUGGAUGAACAUCGACUCACCAAAGGGAGGUGAGGACGACUCCUCUCCAAGACCUGGUGACAAGGAAUUGGUGACGGAACUCAGGAAGUACUACAGUUUCUGUGCCAGACCAAGCAGCAUCGAAUGUCGUCUUGCUGGAACAAAGAUUAUGUACCACCUGGGAGGUCAGGACAGUGUCACUUGUGAUGUCGCAGAGGGUCUUGUUUGUAAUAAUGAUGACUACUCUGAUGGUUGCCGUGACUACGAGGUCCGCUUCUUCUGUGAUUGUGAACCAACUGUGGCACCAACACCAGGUGUGACUCCAUCUCCAGAGCCCACUUCAAAGCCCACACCAGAGCCAACUCCAUCUACUGUAGCACCAGUGUCCACAACUUGCUUGAAGACUGGCUGGACUGACUACAUGAGUGUCACCAACCCCGCAGAGAACGAGGGUGACGACUCUGACACAAUCCAUGCCCUGCGCAAACAGUACAAGUUCUGCAGCAAUCCAGUUCAGGCUGAGUGUCGCGUCAAGCCAGAUGCCCAGAACCCACUGGGCAUCCCACUGGAACAAGCUGGCCAGAGGGGUGUCAUCUGUGACCCUAACCACGGUGUGAUUUGCGAGGGUGCCCUGCAAGACGAUGGCCUUUGCUUUGACUAUGAAGUCCGCAUGUUCUGUAUCUGUGAGCCUACACCUUCACCAACUCCAGGGGAGCAGACACCAUCUGUAAGCUUGGGACCAUCACCAACACCAGGCCCAGAGGGAACACCAACACCAGGCCCAGAGGGAACUCCAACACCAGGCCCAGAGGGAACACCAACACCUACUCCACCUAAGGGUGGUGUGAAGACACCAGAGCCAACACCAUCUCCAACACCAGGCAAGGAAGGCCAACCAACACCAACUCCACCAAAGGGUGGUGUGCAGACACCAGAGCCAACACCAUCUCCAACACCAGGCAAGGAAGGCCAACCAACACCAACUCCACCAAAGGGUGGUGUGCAGACACCAGAGCCAACACCAUCUCCAUCUGCUAGCCAGGGAACACCCACUGUGACCACAGGAGGAAAACCAACACCAUCUCCAGUUCCAGGUCAGUCAACACCUACAUCAAAGACCAGAGAGCCAACACCUUCUCCAACCCCAGGAGAGAAAACACCAACACCAGGACAACCAGGAAAACCAACACCUUCCCCAACAGCAGGUCAGUCAAAGCCUACAUCAAAGAUUGGAGAGCCAACACCAUCCCCAGUUCCAGGCCAGUCAACGCCUACAUCUAAGACUGAAAAGCCAACACCUUCUCCUUUCCCAUUUGAGAAAACGCCAACCCCAGGAAAACCAGGAGGGCCAACACCUUCCCCAACUGCAGGACAACCAACACCUCCAGAGGGUGUCACACCAACACCAACCCCUGGUUUACAUGGCUCAACUGAGGUCCCAACUCCAUCACCAUCACCAGUGACAGGAACGCCAUCUAUCGUCAUUAAUGAAACACCUACACCAUCUCCAAGUGCAGGACCAAUCUGUGUACCAGGGUGGACUCCAUUUGUCAACAAGCACAGCCCCAAGGCUGAUGGUAUUGACCGCGAAACUGUCGCCUCUCUGCCUGGAUACCCCUACACCUGCAUGAAGGUGAUGGAUGUGAGGUGUACCGACGUGAUGACUGGAAAGGACUUCAAAGAGAUUGGUCAGGACGUGACCUGUGAUCUUAAUGGACUGGAAUGUAGGUCAUCCCAGAUGCAGGAGUGCCGCGACUAUCAAGUUAGCUUCUACUGUCUCUGUGGGGAACCCACACCGCAACCCUCACUGAAACCCACGCCAGAACCCACAGCGAAACCCACUCCAACUGGUGAAGACAAGACACCAACCAAGACAUCUGUAGGAACCCCCAAGAAGCCAACUCCCACGGCCCCAGCCAAGAAGACCCCAGCCACGGCCUUCACCAAGGAGACCCUUGCCCCAACACCUACCUCCCCUGUGAGAACCCCAGGGACAGAAAGGACCCCAGGAACAAAGGAGCCAACCACAGAGAGCAAGACCCCAGUUGUUGGAAAGACUUUCACACCAACUCCUAUGCCAUCUAGCUUGAAGCCUUCUAUUCCAACAGCAGUACCAAGCAAGAUGCCAACUCCUGAACCAUCAAGGAGCCAGCCAACAUCAACCAAGGGUGGAGUCAGUGAGCCUACACCAUCUCCACCAUCUGAGACUGGCACACCCACCCCUGGCAUAGAGGGUACACCAACACCAUCUCCUACACCUGAGAAGGAAACACCCACAAAGGGAGGGGUUAGCGAGCCUACACCAUCUCCACCAUCUGAGACAGGCACACCAACAGCAGGCACAGAGGGCAAACCAACACCAUCCCCUACAGCUAAGACAUCCAUACCAAUUGGAAAAACUCCAGGUGUUCCAACAGCUUCACCAAGUCCAAAGACUGAGGUACCUGAACCAUCCACCCCUGGCUCCCCCACUGCUUCCCCAACACCAUUCAAGGGAGAAACACCAGUUCCAACAGGCAAGACCCCAGUCCCUGGUGGUGAGCCAACUCCAACACCAGGCAAAACCGUCUCUGGAGGACCAACCCCAACAGGUGCAACCCCAGUUCCUGGUGAACCAACUCCAACACCAGGCAAGCCUGUCACAGGAGCCACCCCAACACCAGGCAAGUUUGAUACCAAGACACCAACCCCAAGUGAGGGUGCACCUACACCAACAACUGAGGUUACUGUCAGUCCAACUGCCUCAACUGUGAAGACAACCAAGAGGUUGGAUAUAGCUCCAAAGACAACGAGAACGAAGCCAACUCGGCCACCAACUCCAACCCCAGCACCAACGGCAACUCCAACUCCAGGACCAACUACGCUGUGUAAGGAACCCAUGGGUGUCGCCAACCAGAAGGUUGUGUCUGUGGAUCAGUUUUCUGCUUCUACAUCCUACGACUUCACCACUGGCCCAGAACGUGCUAGACUGAACUCAAAGGUAGAUGGCGCACUGGCUGGAGGAUGGUCACCAAGAUUUGCAAAGGUUGGUGAAUGGAUCCAGGUUGAUCUGAAGCAACCAGAGAAGAUCACUGGAGUCCUGACACAGGGUCGCCAGGAUUACCCACACUGGGUAACAAGAUUUACUGUCUCAACUAGCGUGGAUGGUGUCACCUUCGUCCCCUACACAGACGUCAUUGGUGAGAAACCAACCGUGUUUGAAGGCAACAGUGAUCAGGACACACCAAUGCAGAAUCUCUUUAACAGAGAGAUAAUGGCACAGUACAUUCGUAUUGAGCCACUUGCAUGGCACGACUUCCCUGCCUUGAGGUUUGAAGUACUGGGAUGCAACGUGAAGCAGCCAUCUUUGUCAACUCUGAUUCCAACACCAUCCCCAUCUGUGGCAACAGUGGAGCCUUCUGUGGCCCCAUCCAAGGAGCCAACACCCAAGCCUUCUCUGCCCACAGUUGGACCCUCAGUUGAACCAUCUAAAGAGCCAACUCCAGGACCCUCCUUCCCAACUAAGAAACCAGAGGGUACCACCAAGACACCCACACCUAAGCCAACUAAGGAGGAAACUCCAUCUCCUAAACCAACUGAAAAACCAACACCAAGUCCACCAGUUGAAGGCACCCCAACUCCAACUCCAUCGAAGGGAUGUGAGCCUAAAUGGAGCCCGUGGACAAGCAAGAAUAAUCCUGGCACCUUCCCUCGUGGUGACCUAGAGUUGGUUGGUGACAUGAUUGAUGAUGGCCUCCUGCCAUGUGCAAUGUCAGAGCUGAUGGACAUUCAGUGCCGUGAUGCUGUGACCAAGACCAUGUUUGACCAAACUGGCCAGGCUGUGUCCUGCACACUUGAUGGUCGCCUCAAGGGUCUGCUCUGCGACAAUGAGCGCCAGGUUAUGGGCACCGAAUGUCACGACUACGAGAUCAGAGUAGCUUGCAAGCCUGAUGAGAAUUGCGAGACUCCAUCACCUACACCUUCUCCCAAAGUUUCAACUGUGAAGCCACCAGUGUCAUCCGGACCAUCCCCAACUCCAAGUCCAACACCUGGUCAAACUCCACCUGUUCAGGGAGAAGACACACCCACUCCACCAUCCCCUACUCCAUCUCCAAGCCCUGGUGAUGUGAAUACACCCACCCCAACUCCUGGCAGAAAGACUCCAUCUAUUGGAGAAGAGACACCAACCCCAUCCCCAACAGCUGUCCAGAAGACACCAUCACCAACUGGUGGAGAGGUACCAACUCCAUCUCCUUCACCAUCUGUGAAGCCAGACAAGGUGCCAACUGUGAAGCCACCUGUACCUGGUGAGCCAACACCCUCACCAACACCUGGCAAGACACCAUCCAUUUCUGGAGUGAAGACCCCAUCUCCGUCUCCAUCUCCAACUCCAACUGCAACAGGAAAGACUCCAUCCAUUGGUGGACAGGAGACACCAACCCCAUCUCCAACAUCAGGCGUUAAGACACCAACACCAGAGGGUGGUGAGACACCAACCCCAUCUCCAACAUCAGGUGUUAAGACACCAACACCAGAGGGUGGUGAGACACCAACACCAUCUCCUAAGCCAGAGACCACAAAGGCACCAACACCCACCUGCAAGACAAGCCGCUGGGGACCAUGGAUUAAUGACCACGAGCCAUUCACCACUGGAGACGACCAUGAGAAGCUGUCUCCGGAACAGUUGGCCAGGUUCUGUGUUGGAGGAAGUGUGAGCAAGAUUGAAUGUCGCACCAUCUAUGGGACAGUAUACUACUCCUCUGGACAGAAUGUCCAGUGUGAUGUGACCAAUGGUUUGACUUGUACUGCUGACCGUUUGUUUGAUGGUACAGUGAUGGAAUGUGAGGAUUACAAGAUCCGUUACUACUGUCAGUGUGAAGAAACACCAACUGCUGCUCCAACUGAGACAACACAAAAACCAGGCCCAGUUACCACUCUCAAGCCAACUCCAUCUCCAUCUGCCUCAACCAAGGUUCCAACAGUUGAAACAGAAGAACCACCAACUCCAUCUCCAUCUGCGCCAUCCAAGGUUCCACCAAAGGGCACAACAGAAAUGCCAACUCCAUCUCCAUCUGUGUCAUCCAAAGUUCCACCAAAAGAAACAACAGAAAUGCCAACUCCAUCUCCAUCUGCUGGUAGUGAGACACCAACAAAGGGAGUUAAUCAACCACCAACUCCAUCUCCAUCUGCUGGUAGUGAGACACCAACAAAGGGAUCAGAAGAAACACCAACACCAAAACCAACACCAACUCCUUUUGGUGCCGAACCAAAAACUACCAAGGGCAAGAAACCUCAGCCAACAUCAGUUAAACCAGAGGGCACUCCUACCCCAGGAACAGCAACACCAACACCAGGUGGUGUACCAGGGCAGCCCACACCUUCCCCAUCCCCAUCUGUUCUUGAGACUGUCUCCCCACCUGUAAAGACAGGCACACCAACACCAUCGCCAUCUGCAGAACCAACUGAGAAACCAACCGUAAAACCAUCAGUAGGACCAACUAAGGAACCCACGCCAUCACCAUCUGUGGGGUCAACUGAAAAACCACCAGCAGGAACAACUAAGGAACCCACGCCAUCUCCAUCUGCGGAACCAAGUGAAAAACCAACUGUAAAACCACCAGUAGGACCAACUAAGGAACCCACGCCAAGCCCACCUGCCAAAACCUUCCCAUACUGCCAGUGGUCAACAUGGCUGAACGCAGCUAACCCACAGACUCCAGGCAGUAUUGGUGACAUGGAAACCAUCGAGACCUUGAAGAAGACUUACGGACUCUGCAAGAAUAUCAAGAAUAUUGAAUGCAGAAUUGCUAAUAGCAAUACACCUGUAAGUGCUGCUGGACAGAAUGAUGUCUCUUGUGACAUUUACAACGGUCUGCGUUGCUUCAACCAGGAACAAGAUGGCGGACAGUGCUUUGACUAUGAAGUACGUGUGCUUUGUUGGGAUGAUAAGUGUGAAGGCACACCAACUGCAGCUCCAACAACCAAGAAAGUCACCCCAUCUCUGGCUCCAAGUGCCACUCCAUCCAGAUCACCCACACCCGUAUCUACACCUGUCUGCGUGCCAGGCAUGAUGUGGGACUCCUGUGCCUACAAAUGUGACCAGAUGUGCCACUACAUGAAGGACAAAAUCAUAAAGGAGAAGGGACGCUGCCUGCCUAAGGAUCCAACCAAGUGCGUGCCAGCAUGCAGACCUCCCGUGGAGUGCUCUGCCCCACGUCUGUCACAGGAUGGAGAUAAAUGCGUGGAGGAGAAGGAAUGCACGUGCAUGAAGCCUGAUGGAACUCCAGCUAAGUACGGAGAAGUUUGGGAGCACCCACAAGAGAAGUGCACCAAAUGUACCUGUAUGGGAACCAAGAUUGUAUGUGUUGAGGAUGAGACAUGUGGAACACACAAACCACCAACUGUUGAGCCUACGACAUCUAAGACCACCCCUGAGACAGUUAAGGAACACCCAUGUGGAUGGACAAGCUGGAUCAGUGUUGACUCUCCAGAGUCCGCCCCAGGUGACAUUGAGGGUAUUUCUGGCAUCCGUGCCACAAACAAGUUCUGCAUGAACCCAGUACGUAUUGAAUGCAAGGUCCGUGGAGGAUCUGAAUCCUUGGCUGACACAAAACAGGUCGGCACAUGUGACAUGGUCAACGGCCUGCAGUGCUUGAAUGCCGACAACCCAGGAGGCUGCUACGACUAUGAAGUCAGGUUCUUCUGUGCUUGCCCAACACCAGCCCCUACUUCCACUGCAAAGGCCGUAACACCAACAGUAGGACCAACGAAGGGACCAGCUCCAACACCAUCACCCACCCCACAUGUUGGACAGGAGACACCAACUGCUACUCCAGGUGUGCCAAAGAUUACACCAACUCCAGGCAUGGGUCCAACACCAUCUCCAUCACCCGGUAUUGGUGAGACACCAUCACCAUCACCAGGGCAGAAGACACCAUCUCCUGUGAAGGGACCAACACCAUCUGCAACACCAUCUAUAGGCAAGACACCAUCUCCAACACCUGUGCAGAAGACACCAUCUCCAUCUGCAACACCAUCUAUUGGUGAGACACCAUCUGCAACCCCAGGAACGGGACCAGAGGCAACUCCUACCCCUACCCCAGGCAAACCAAUUAGUGGUCAGUCAACACCAUCUCCAACACCAGGCAAGGAAGGUCAACCAACCCCAACUCCAGGCAAACCAGUGAGUGUAGAGCCAACACCAUCUCCAUCUGCUGGCCAGGGAACACCCACUGUGACCACUGGAGGAAAGCCAACACCAUCUCCAACCCCAGGCGAGAAAACACCAACGCCAGGAAAACAAGGAGAACCAACACCAUCUCCAACAGCAGGUCAGUCAACACCUACAUCUGAGACUGGAGAGCCAACACCAUCUCCCCCCGCAGGUGAGGAAACACCAACGCCAGGAAAACCAGGAAAACCAACACCUUCCCCAACAGCAGGUCAGUCAACACCUACACGUAAGAUUGGAGAGCCAACACCUUCUCCAACCCCAGGUCAGCCAACGCCUCCAUCUAAGAGCGGAGAACCGACACCAUCCCCAGGACCAGUGUCUGAGAAGACUGUAGUGCCACCAACAAAAACAUCUGGUACCCCAACACCUGAACCCUCUAAGUUGCCAGGCACACCUACUUUGAAACCAACUGGUGAGCCAACACCAUCCCCACCAGUUGAUGCAUCUAAGACACCAAGCAAGGUCACUGUGACUCCACCUUUGGUUGAGAAACCAACACCCAAGCCUACACCAAGCACAGCACCAGUGAAGUGUGACAUGUGGUCUGGCUGGUUCAACAGCAAUAGUCCAAAGAACAGCGAUGGUGAUUACGAAAAUAUCCAGUUUAUCCGUCAAACUUACAACUUCUGUAACAAGCAGGGUAUGGUCGUCACCAAGAUUGAAUGCAGAACUGCCAAUCCUGCUGACUUGGGUAAGGUGACAAGCUUCGAUAGCACAGGACAGAUGAAUCUGAAGUGUGACACCCAGACUGGAUUUGCUUGUCGAAACAUCGACCAGAUGGUUCCAGGUUUACCUGACCAGAGUGUAUGCUAUGAUUAUGAAGUCCGUAUGUAUUGUUCCUGCCCCAAACCAGUGGCCAAACCCACCACUGCAGUCGAGCAGCCUCCAACACCAUCCACUCCAGGACAUCCUAUCGAGACUGUGUCUCCACAUGUGACACCAGGCAGGCAGCCAACCCCAUCUAAGACUGCACCAACUGAGACUCCAACACCAGGCCAGCCAAAAUCUCCAUCACCAACUCUCAGCUCUGGACCCACACCUAAACCAACCCAGGGAGCAGAGGCACCAAAACCAACCUCGAAGAAGCCAAAGCCAUCUCCUACACCAGAACCUACUCAGAAACCAGAGCCAACCUCCAAGACUCCAGCAGUUAAACCAACUGAAGGACCAACGCCAGCUCAGCCAGAAACUCCAACCCCAAGCAAGAGUGGAGAAUCACCAAGACCAACAACUAGUAAACCAGAGCCUAGCACUAAAGUGCCUCAACCUAGCACUCCUGGACAGCCAACACCAUCUCCAAAACCAGUGUCCACAGAAGUACCUCCAACAGGUACCUCUGGCCAGCCAACACCAUCUCCAAAACCAGUGUCCACAGAAGUACCUCCAUCAGGUACCUCUGCCCAGCCAACACCAUCUCCAAAGCCAGAGCCCACAGAAGUACCUCCAACAGGUACAUCUGGCCAGCCAACACCAUCUCCAAGCACUGGUACCCCUACCCUUUGUGGAUGGACCCCAUGGUAUAAUGGACACCAGCCAGAAUAUCGUGGAGAGUUUGAGCUGAUCUCUGAUCUCUUGGAUGACAACAAAUACUGUGAGAAGGAGGACAUCACUGCUAUUGAGUGUCGUCGUGAGGGCACCAACAUGCCUUAUGACAAGACUGACAACACUGAUGUGAUGUGUGACCUCAAAUACAAUGGUCUUUUGUGCUCCAAUGACAGGCAGAUGGGAAUGAAGGAAUGUUAUGACUAUGAGAUCCGUGUGUUCUGUGAACCAAAGGGACAGGUGUGCAGUGCACCAACCCCAUCUCCAUCUCCAUCUGCAGAGGUGCCAGGCACUCCAACUGCCAGUCCACCUGUCAAGCCAACACCAGGACCUACUAAGCCAAGUGGUGAGACGCCAUCCCCAACACCAAGUGAGUCUGGUAAGACACCAGUCCCAACCUCUGCAAAACCAGGUGUUGAAUCCACUCCUUCUCCUACUAAGCCAAGUGGUGAGACACCAUCCCCAACACCAAGUGAGUCUGGUAAGACACCAGUCCCAACCUCUGCAAAACCAGGUGUUGAACCCACUCCUUCACCUACACCAGGCAAGCCAGGCCAGCCUACACCUUCACCAACACCAAGUGAAACUGGACAGACACCGGAACCAACUAGUAAGAGACCAGCAGGAGAGCCAACUGCAUCACCUGCACCAAGCUCUAAGAUUCCUCAGCCAAGCACACCUGGCCAACCAACACCUUCUCCAAAACCAAGCACCCCAGGGGUACCUCAUCCAAGCACUCCUGGAGAGCCUUUUGGUAAGCCAACACCAAGUGAGAAGACCCCAGUUCCAAAGGUUACAACACCAGAAUCUGGAUCCCCAGUGCCUACUACCAGACUGCCCAUUGGUGAGUCAACACCAGUGCCACCAAUUAAAGGCCAGUCAACUCCUUCUCCAACACCAGGUCAACCUGGAGAACCAACACCAACACCAGGCAAAAGUAGUGAGGUACCAAGACCAACAACAAAGGUGCCUUUUGGUGAAACACCUCCAACACCAGAGGGUCAGACACCAGUUCCAACAUCUAAGAGACCAGGUGGGCCAAUACCUUCCCCAACACCAGAGACUGAGAAACCAGUUCCAACAACAAAGAUACCAGGUGGACCAACACCUUCCCCAACACCAGAGGGUGAGACACCAGUCCCAAUAUCUAAAAUACCAGGUGGACCAACACCUUCCCCAACACCAGAGGGUGAGACAUCAGUUCCACCAACUAGAAGACCAGGUGAGCCAACUCCUUCACCAGAACCAUCAACCAAGAAGCCAGAAGAACGCAAAACAACACCACAGGGUGAACCAUCACCUUCUCCAUCAACCAUCACAAAGAUCCCACCAUACCUGACCAGCAAGAUCCCAACUCCAGAACCCACAUGUGCUUACUGGUCUCCAUGGAUUAACAACUAUGAAGGAUACAGCUCCAAUGGUGACUAUGAAAAGAUGACCCUGGAAGAGUUGAGAGCCCAGAUGCAGUUCUGUAUGAACGGCCGCCUGACAAGCAUUGAGUGUCGCACUGCUGACCCUGAGCCCUUGGAUACCCCCUGGGAAGACAUGAGCUUGGAAGGUGCCUGCAGUUUAGAGAAAGGAUUGUACUGCAGUAAUAAGGAGAACAUGGAUGCUGGAAAAUUCAACUGCGGUGACUUCAAGAUCAGAUACUUCUGCGAAUGCUCACCUCAGCCGAAGUCCACAAGCUCACCAACUCCAAAACCAACAGUAGGCAAAACACCCAGCAUUGGCAAGACACCAACUCCAGGCAAGGAGCCUACACCUUCUCCAACUGCCUCUGAGAAGACACCAUCUCUUGUGGGUGGACCUCAGCCUACGCCAACUGCUGGUGAGCCUAAACCAUCUGAGGCUUCACCAACACCAUCUCCUGUGUCACCAGUUACUCAGAAGCAGCCAACACCUGGACCAAGCGAGAAACCAACUGCCUCUCCAAAACCAACCCACAAGACACCAAGUGGAGAACCAACACCAACUCUUGGAGGUCCAGAACCAACUCCAUCUGAAGGUUCAUCAACACCAUCUCCUAAACCAGACCUUCUGGAGACUGUUUCACCACCAGUGUCUACGAAGCAGCCAACACCUGGACCAAGUCAGAAACCAACUCUCUCUCCAAAACCAACCGACAAGACCCCAAGUGGACCAGAGCCAACACCAACUCUUGGAGGUCCAAAACCAUCUCCAUCUGAGAGUGUUCCAACACCAGGAAAGACACCAAAGCCAGGAAUGGAGACACCAACACCAUCCACCCCCAAGACUGGAGAGGAACCAACACCAUCCACCCCCAAGUCUGGAGAGGAACCAACACCAACUCCAACGCCAGGCCAUACAAGAGUUCCAACCCCAAGCAGCACCAUUGUCAUUGUGUCUGUACCUACACCAAGCCCAUCUGUACCAGAACCAGGAGUGAAACGCUGUGAGCAGGACAUGGUCGCCAACAACCUCUUCCCAGUUCCAGACUCAAGUCUCACUGCCUCGUCUGCCGCUGACUUCAGAUCUGGCCCCGACAGAUCCCGUCUUAACACCAAGGAGACCGCAUCACGCACAGGUGCAUGGUUGGCCAAGAGCAACAAUGAACGCCAGUGGCUCCAGAUUGAUUUGGGUCAUGAGCAGACAAUUGAGGGUAUUGUGACUCAAGGUCGUGAAGGUCAUAACCAAUAUGUGAAGACUUACUAUGUACUGUACUCCACUGAUGGCGUGAACUUCAUCCGUUAUGAAGAGAAACCAGACACACCAAAGCUGUUCAGUGGCAACUUCGAUGGAGAUAAGAAGGUACUGCACAAGUUCGUUCCAUUCCGUGCCCGCUACGUGCGUGUGCAGCCCAAGGACUGGAACCAACACAUUGCCCUACGCGUCGAGUUGUUGGGAUGCAGGAGUAAGUCUAAGCCACCUAUGUACCCAACACCAUCUCCAACUGCUGGACCAACACCAACACUGUAUCCAUCCACAACUCUGGUACCGGUCUGCACUGAGGAAAUGGGAGUCAGCAAUGGAUUCAUCGUCGAUGGCAUGCUGUCCGCAUCCUCUGAGCGCGACUCAUAUCACGGCGCCCAGCGUGCUCGCCUCUACCAGGUUGAUGACACCAAGGGCUAUGGUGGCUGGUCACCACGUGUGAAUGACCAGAAACAAUGGCUCCAGGUCGCUUUCUACAAACCAAGCAUCCUGACUGGUGUCACUACACAGGGACGCUUCCAGGGACCAGAGUUUGUGCAGUCGUACACUGUCACCUACUCUGUAGAUGGAGCCACCUGGACACAUGUCACUGACAGCACUGGACAGGUCAAGGUAUUCAGUGGAAACAACGAGCCUGAAACACCAAAGAGGAACUUCUUUGAGAAUGCCAUCAAGGCUAAGUACAUCCGUAUCCAUCCUCUCUCUUGGGUCAAUGGAAUUGGCAUGAGAAUCGAAAUCCAAGGAUGCUUCGAGCCCACACCUGCUCCAUCCGAGGGUACGCCAAAACCAGGCAAAGAACCAACACCAUCUGUGGGUGCAACACCAUCACCAACCCCAUCACAGCCUGGUGGUGAGGAACCAACACCAACACAAACACCUGGCAGUAAAUACCCAACGCCAUCCUCAACACCAUCUGGUGGUGAAGAACCCACUCAGACACCUGGUCAGAAAUACCCAACACCCUCUGCAACACCAUCUGUUGACCUCACACCAACGCCAACUCCUAAGAUUCCAGGACGCGAAGAGCCAACGCCCAAAUCCACUCCAGCACCUGCCAGUACCCCAGGGGUGACACCACCAGUGCCACCUAUGGAGCUGUGCAAGGAAAAGAUGGGCAUGCAGCCAGGACAGAAGAGUUUUGUUAGCGACAGCCAGAUCACCGUCAGCUCUCAGAUGUCUGAUCGCUUCGGUGGAAGCCGCAGCCGUCUGACCACCAAGGAUGACAGUAAUGGCAGCGGUGGAUGGAUGCCAGCUCAGAGCAGAUACGGAGAAUGGAUCCAGAUCGACUUCCUUGCCCCACGUACCUUGACUGGAAUCACCACCCAGGGACGCUACGGUCUGCCAAUGUUUGUGAGAAGUUACGAAGUUGAGUUCUCCACAGAUGGAAAGAUCUGGUUGCCAUACAAGGUUAAUGGACAGCUUGUGAACUUUGCUGCCAACACUGACAGCGAGAGCCAAGUUACCAACUGGUUCGACAGAGGCAUCAGGGCCCGCUUCAUCCGUAUCAAGCCCACAGACUGGCAGAAUGCCAUUGGCAUGAGAGUGGAGAUCCACGGUUGCUACGAACCAACUGCUGAAUCCACUACCAGACCAACUGUGCCAACUGUGGCUACUACACCUGCAGGACAGUGCGACAAACCAAUGGGCAUGACCUCCGGAUUGAUUGGCGACAGCCAGAUCACUGCUUCUUCUGAGCUGCCACGUUUCGAGGCUGCACGUGCCCGCUUCGGUGCACAGAGCACAAGCCACGGAGAAGGAGGCUGGAGGCCAGCAAAGAACGACAGGCGCCCAUGGAUCGUGGUGGACAUGCAGAAGGUUGUAGAAGUGACUGGAAUUUCCACCCAGGGAGUACACAGCUUCCCAGCUUUCACUGUUGUUUAUCAGUUUGAGUAUUCCACUGAUGGCAAGACAUGGACUCUGUACACCGAGAAUGGCUUGGCUAAGAUAUUUGAGGGUAAUGAGGAUAGCGAGACACCUGUCCGCAAUAUCCUGUCCACACCAGUCAACGCUCGUUACUUCCGUAUCAUGCCUAUGCACCCAGGUCGCGAAGGCUAUGGUCUGCGUUUCGAACUCCAUGGCUGCUACACACCUACUCCAACAAUGACCACUGGUCAACCCACCAAACCCACCACCACCUCCAGUAAGCCAUCUCUGCCAACAGGAGAAGAUACAAAACCUCCACCUACCCCUGUUACCCAAGUUAAAAACAUCACACCUACUAUGUACACAUUCCCUGAAUGCUCUGACCCAAUGGGUCUGAACGACAGCAACAUCGUCACUGAUGAUCAGUUCACGUCUUCUGGAUCCCGCGACAAGACCUCCGGACCAGAACGUGCACGUCUCUUCCUCGUCGACAGCUUCAGAGGCAAGGGAGGAUGGGUUGCAGCCACCAAUGACAAGAACCAAUGGAUCCAGAUUGACUUCCGUCAGGAAGGCUCCAUUCACGGCAUCGCCACCCAGGGUCGCUAUGGACAACCUAACUGGGUCGAGUCUUUCAAGGUCAACUACUCUUCUGAUGGCGUUCACUGGUACACUUACCGCGAAGGAACUGUGGAUAAGAUCUUCACUGGCAACUCUGACAGUGACACUGUUGUCUACAACAAGUUCCUGAUCCCAAUGAGGGCACAGUUCAUCCGCGUUGUUCCACAGACCUGGCACAAUGCCAUCGCCAUGAGAUUCGAAGUUGUUGGAUGCUACACCGGCAAGACACCCACAGCCAGAACCCCCACUGUUGGAACCCCAACCCUACCACCUGUCACCAAACUUGUCAGUACACCUGAGCCACCCAAGGAUGACUGCACAGUCUGGGGUAACUGGGUCAACAGUGACAAGGCUCUCUUCGGUUCUGAUCGUGAGGCCAUCGAGGACGUGCUGUCACUGACACCUAUCUGCCAAGUGCCUAUGGAGAUCCAGUGUCGCCGUGUUACUGACAAGGUGGCACAUGACAAGACAGACCAGAAGGUGCUGUGUAACACAUGGUUGGGAAUGAAGUGCGACUCUAAGGACCAGGCCAACAACGCCAUGUGCUACGACUACGAAGUCCGCAUUGGAUGUAUUGAUGAGUCCAAGCCACAGUGUGUGCCCACUUCCCAGCCUUCCACCCCAUCUCCCAUCCCACUCUGCCAGGGGGUCAAGGACUCCUCCAGCUGUCCAGCUGAUGGCUGUCCAGCUGGUCAAGUGUGUGAUGGACAUACCUGCAUGCCACCAGAGCAGUGCCCAUGCAUCGUGGUCAGUGGCGGAGUGACCAAACACAUCUAUCCUGGCAAAUUCAUGACCAACGACCAGUGCCAGACGUGCACAUGUGCCAGUGGGGUCCUCAAGUGUAUGAACAAGGUCUGCCCAACAGCUUGUGCUGAGAAUGAAGUUCAGGAAUUGGAUGCCCAGUGUAACUGCCGCUGCACUGGCUGCGCUAGCGGACAGUUCCUCUGUAAGACCACCAAGGAGUGUAUCCCACAAUCCCUUGUGUGUGACGGCAAAUGGGACUGCAACGAUGAUGAGGUCAAGUGUGAGCCCACACCCAAACUACCACACACCACCCCUGCUCCAGAGCCUACCACCAGCCGGAACACCCUUAGGGCAUCACCACCAGUCACCAAAACCAAGCCACCUCGCACCACAUCAGCUGCACCAACACCAGGACCCACGCCACCUGCACCAACACCAGGGAUACCAAAGGUCCCCAAGAAGUGUCACCUCAGUGAGAACAUGUUCAAGACCUUUGACAACAAGGAGUACAACUAUGAGAUUUGCAAGCACACCUUGGUCAGUGAAAUGGCAAUGAAGAGACUGAACAUCGAUGUCCAACUCCACUGCCCAGUUGAUGGAGGCAUGGACCGCGCCAAAUGCACUCGCUCUCUCCACAUCACCCUGGACGGAAAACUCAUCAAACUGCGCCACGGACAGAUGGUUGAGGUUGACGGACAGAUCUAUAUGCCAUAUCAGCUCGAACAACUCAGCAAGACCCUGGGAAGCAUGGCCAUUGCCGCUGUCGGAGAAGAAAUGGUCGCAACCAUCCCCGAGUUUGGCGUCAUCGUCAGCUGGGGCAAGCGCUACCAGACAGACAUCCAGAUUGGCAGUCAGUUGUUCGGCAAGGUGGAAGGUCUCUGCGGAGAUGCUAACGGCAAGCCUGAUGAUGACUUUAAGAAGAAGGAUGGCACCUACGUGGCCAGCGUGAACACCUUCGGUGACAGCUGGGGCUCCAGGACAUUCUGCCCACCUGCACCAGUGUGCACCAUGGAACAGAAAGAGGCAGCAAGACAGACCUGUGCUCAGCUCAGGAAAUCACCAUUCUCUGCCUGCCAUGCCUCUGUGCCAGUUGAAUGGUACGUCAAGGUCUGCGAGGCUGACAUGUGCAACUGCAUCAAGAGCAACGGCAUCAACGGUCUAGACCAGUGCAAGUGCGACGUGUACUCCGAGUACAUGCGUGCAUGCGCCAUGAACCAGAAGCCUGUUGACAACUGGCAGAUCUCUGUUGGCUGUGCUGUCCAGACCUGCCCACCAGACAUGAUCUGGAGCGAGUGCGCCAGCGGAUGCCCAAGCACGUGCUCUAACUACCGCGAGAAGGACGCAGCAUGCAACGUACCAUGCGUUCCUGCAUGUCAGUGCAAGCCUGGCUUGGUGAAGAAGGGAGACACAUGCGUCGCACCAACCAGCUGCGAGGAUUGUGUCUGCUACGGCUAUGGAGACCCACACUACGUCACUUUCGACGGCUCCUACUUCCCAUUCCAAGGCACAUGCACAUACGUUCUGGCACGUGAUACCGCACACACAGAUUUCGAGGUGCUCGCUCACAACGAGAAGUGCACCGAGACCCCAGCCACCGCCUGCACACAGGGCUUGACUGUUAAGUUCAGUGGCCAUGCUGUUGAAUUCAGGCCAAACAACAAGGUGCUCUAUGACGGCUCCCUCAUGAGCCGCUCUUCCCUGCCGCACAUCACCAGCACCAUGACGCUGAAACGCGUGGGAACACACUACGUGCUCAACGUGCCAUCUCUCCAUCUCGAGGUCCGCUUCUCUGAACUGAACCACGGCUUCCAGGUCAAACUGCCAUCUGCUGCUUACUUCAACAAGACCGAAGGGUUGUGUGGUACCUGUACCCACAGCAGAGCAGACGACUUCAUGGCCAGAGACAAGACCCUCAAGGCCAAGGCCCAUGACUUCGCUCUCACCUGGCUCGAGACACCCGCCGACAACUCUGCACAGUGCACCGUCGUCAACAAGACCUGCACCUCUCCACAGGGGGCGCUGGAGUGCAACCGUGUCUACGACAACAGCUUCAAGGCCUGUCAUGCUCUCGUCAACCCAGCUAAGUACUUCGAGAACUGUAUCUAUGAUACCAAGUGUGGUAAUGAGAAACAGAAAGGUGUGUGCGACUCAUUGACCGCGUAUGCACGUGCCUGCGCCAUGGCCGGUGUGUGCCUGGACUGGAGAACUCAGGAUCUGUGCCCCGUCAUCUGCAACAACAACAUGGUGUACAAGGAGUGCGGACCAUCAUGCGUCAAGACAUGUGACAACAUGGCUACCUUCGACAGCACGCCAUGCACCACAGCGACAGCUGAUGGCUGCUACUGCAAGGACGGCUAUGUCAUGAAGGCUGGCGUUUGUGUCAAGGUGGAAGACUGUCCUGCACCAACACCACAGCCUACUCCAAGACCCACACCUUUCUGUGCCAACGUCAGAUGUCUCCCAUUGGUGAAGCCUAACCUGAAACCAGGAGAGGAAGCCAUUCUCCAGAAGACCACUGACGGCUGCUGCGACAUCUACAAGGUCGUCUGCAAACGUGAAAUGUGUCCAAAGACCAACUUCGCCUGCGCCGCACCAAUGAGUGCUUACCUGGCCAAGAACGAUGAAUGUUGUCCAACAUACGAAUGCAAGUGUCCACCACUCAAGGACUGCCCACCAUCUCCAGCACCAACUUGCAGACCAGGUUUUAUUGCCAAGAGUGUGGCUGACGAAUGUGGCUGCCUCAAGUAUGAAGUCGAUUGUGUUGUCCCAGAGAACAAGUGCAAGUUUACAAUGGCCUCUGGCGAGGUGAAAAUAUAUGAGAUUGGUCAGACAUGGAAGGUACCAGGCAAGCCAUGCGAGUCCUACGAAUGUGUCGCUGGCACUCCAGCCACUGUCCAGAGACAAGUGACCAGCUGUGAGACCAAGUGUGCCCUGGGUUACCAGUACAAACCAGAGAUUGGCAAGUGCUGCGGCAAGUGUGUGCCUGUUGGCUGUGUUGUCAAUGGAACUGUUUACAAGAACGGUGAGGCCGUCCCUGCCACCGAGGCAUGUACAACUGCUACAUGUUUUGUGGACACCAUGUACGGCUCUUCAGUCUCCACCUCUCAAAUCAGGUGCAAGAACAGCAUCGAAUUGCCUGUCUGUAAGAAGGGAGAGGCCCAGAGAGUCCCCGGCGCAUGCUGUGAUCACUGCCGCCCAGCAGCCCCAACCAAGGAAUGCGCUCCAUGCGUUGCCCGUCUUGUGUUCACAAGAGCCGAAGACACCGUCGGCUACUUCCGUACCUCCAUCAACGGACAGAUCUGUGAGAACAAAGGACAGCUGGCCGAUCUGAGAGAGUGCUCCGGUUACUGCAGCUCUGCCUUCAAAUAUUUCGCCGUCAUGAACAAGUACCAGAAUGACUGCCAGUGCUGCCAGGCACAGACGACGGAGAAGCGCGUGGUUGAGCUUACCUGCAUGGACGGUUCAAAGGUCACGCGCGAGUAUGACGUACCAACAUCUUGUGGCUGCGGUACCUGCACCGGACGUCGUUAAUUUUUUUUAAUGUUUCGGGAAUUGUGACUCGGACUUGUUAUUUCUUUACGAACUUUCUUUAAAAUGGAGAAUUUUCUCUACAACAGUUAAACCCUCCUUGCCGUCCCUACUUAGAUUACAACAGAUUUUUAAAAAGACUUUUAGAUAAAGAGUUUUAUAUUAUAAAAAAAGAUAGUGUGAUAUUUAUUCACAGUCUUCUAGCUCUUCCAUACGCAUAGGAAACAGAUGAAGACAGUGGUAUUAUUUUUCUAUAGAAACUUUAUUUUUAUAGUGACUGUGUUCCACGUUUAAAUGGCAUCAGAACAGCUGAAUAUGAAUGGGAACAAAAGACGUUUUAAUAUAGAAUCCGUAAAAGUGUAUUUAUAUUUUUGGCAAGGAAAUAAAAAGCUAUAAUCUUGCAAUUACAA